AUGAAUACGCGAGAGGGCGGGCCAGAUCUCUCGGGCCGGUUAGCAAUCAUCGAAUCACUCGCACGCAUCACCGAAUCAAUCGUGUGCAAUUGCAAUUCAUCUCUGAUUCUGACCGUCGCCGCCAGCGGGCAAGAGCGGCAGCCCCAUGAUCGCUUAAUCAGUGAAUACCGUGACUCCCCUAAAGAUUAUGCGGCGGGAAGCGACCAGACCUUCUCUCGAACGACCCGCGGAACCAGAAGCCUUCACUGUUCCUUAGGCAGAAGAGGCGCUCGAGGCUCUCCAGGCGGCGUCGGCGAGGGCGGUCGCCCAUUAGCCAUCCGGACCACAAGUACAGGUGCUAAUGACCUAACGACCGGCUGGGAGGAUGGGCGUCUGCUUAGCCUCGGGGCGUGUGGGCGGGAGUCGAACCUGGCAGUUAUUUCUCCUCGAACUCUUAAGCAAGAAAUUCCGUCUUGUAGGAGGGACUUCAUUAAGACACGUUUUGGUGUGGGAAUGUGUCAGUGGCACCGAGGGUCAGCUAGGUGUCACCAGCCAGUGCCAAGGUCGAGCGAGGUCAACGGGGGUCAAGCGGUGGUCAGCUCAGGGUAUCCUUGUGAUUCCCGCUCGGUGCAGGUAGUUGGACUGUCAAAUAGCAUUUCUUCGUCGCCGCCUCGCUUCUGCGCCGCCCAGCAGUCAGUCCGAUCACGGGAAGUGGCCCGCGCUCUGAACCGAGGCGUAGAGAGCAGCAAAGAGUGUCGGCCGCGAGGAGCCAUGGCCGCGAGUCGGGAAGAGGAGCGGUCGGCCGAGAAGGAGUCGGGUCUGCUGACUCCCCCGCCCACGCCCACGAGUCCGUGCGGGUUCCAGUUCCCCGGUAUGGGCGGCAGUGGAGAUCGAGGGUCUGCCUUCACGCCCUGGGUGCCCAGGGGCCCCUCCCUCCUGCCUCUGCUCCCGCCCUUCCCCAUCCUCCCCACCAUCGCCUCCGUCGCCGCCGUCGCCAAGCAGCAGUCGACGUCCCUGGCCAUCGACCCUCGUGUGCUGGGGAUGCUGCAGAGCUACGGGUCCCUGGGGCAGCUGCCGUGGGCCGCCCUGGGCGCCAGCGGCGACCUGGCCCUCAACCGCCUGCUCCUGACCCCCGGAGGCCGCCUGAGCCGCCCCAAGAAGCGCUACAUCUGCAAGUAUUGCCAGCGGGAGUUCACCAAGAGCUACAACCUGCUGAUCCACGAGCGAACCCACACGGACGAGCGGCCUUUCCCGUGCGACAUCUGCGGCAAGGCCUUCAGGAGGCAGGACCACCUCCGCGACCACAAGUACAUCCACAGCAAGGAGAAGCCCUUCAAGUGCGACGUGUGCGCCAAGGGCUUCUGCCAGGCGCGCACGCUCGCCGUGCACAAGGCCCAGCACGCCCACGACGGCGCCGUGGCCGCGCCCGCCCAGCCCUCGCCCCCCCCGCCCGCCGCGCCCAGGGUGAGCGCCCCCGCGGAGAGCCGCCCCGCCAGCGUCACCGUCACGCCCGUGCUCAGAACCACCACCACGCCCGCCCUGCUCGGCGCGCCCAUCCUCUCGCCGCCCACCAGCGCCUCGCCCACGCUGCCCCCCGCCACGCCCGCGCUGCCGAAGGACGUGACGUUGAUUCCCAUCUACAGGUUCCCGCUCAAGAAGGAGGCGCCGGCGGAGGAGGAGAGCCUGAAGCGGCGGCUGGAGGGCCUGAGUCUCCCGGCGGCCAAGAAGCCCUUCCUGCAGACGGAGGAGGAGGCGGAGGGCGCCAAGAAGCGGCGCGGCUUCUCUAUCGACGACAUCAUGAAGUAGCCGCCCACGCCCCCCCCCCCCCCCCCCCACGCCGCCCUCGCUCCGGCCUUUUCUUUUUUUUCUUCUUUUCUUUCCUUAACAGCGUCUUUCCAACUUGUUUUAUAUUUCCAAAUUAUCGCCUUUCAUUUUACCUGUUCAUUACCCCCCCCCUUUCUUCUCUUUUAUUUCUCCGUCUUUCAUACUUUCUCUUAUUCACCUUUUCAUAUUUUCAUUUUUUAUUUUUCCCUUUCUUCCCCCCCCC